GCAUUUCUUUCUAUUGCUUUCAUCUACAAACUCAGUGGAAAGUUAAGAGAAUAUCUCGGAUUCGGAGAAACAAUGUCAUUUUUCAAUACAUUCGGGCGGAAGGAAAACCGUGCUCCGCGCGCGCCAAAGCGGUCGCCGACUCCGACGUCUGCAACGUUCCCACCAGACGGAGUGAAUCCUGCUCCGGCACCUCCAUCUCCGGGCACUGUAAUACAAAAGCCGCUCUACCUGUGCAGUCCAUUCGUGGAGGCAGCGCUCGUAAAAGGAAACUUCAAGACGAUCGUAAUGCUUCCUAAGUAUGUUGAUGUCAUGGAAUGGGUUGCUGUGAACAUCUUCGAUUUUUAUAAUAAUUUGAAUUCAUUCUAUGGCGUAAUAGCGGAAUGCUGCACGUCGCAAACUUGUCCUACAAUGUCGGCAGGCCCGAUGUUGGAUUAUACUUGGAUUGAUCAGAAUCGUAAACAAGUCAAGCUCGCGGCUCCGACAUACAUUGAUUAUGUCAUGACCUGGGUGCAAAACAUGCUCGAUGACGAAUUGGUCUUCCCAACGAAAGCUGGGCACGACUUCCCUCAAAAUUUCCCUUCGACUGCAAAACACAUCUACCGCCAACUUCUCCGUGUCUUCGCGCAUAUUUACCACGCACACUAUACUCAGAUCCUCCAUCUCCGCUCUGAACCGCACUUCAAUUCUCUGUUCGCACACUUCCUUGCAUUCGGGAAGGAGUAUGAACUACUUGAAGUGAAGGAUGUGAAGGGCAGUUCUGCUCAAGGCUUAGUGGGAAUCGGCGAUCUUUGGGAAAGGUGGAAAGAUAUGGGCAUUCUUGAAGGCUGAGAAAUUUUCUUGUGUGAUUGCGUUGGUUGGGGAUCCAUGGAUGUGCAGUUUAAUUGAGACCUGCUUGGGAUUUUUUAGAGACAUAACGAAGAGAAUAUUAAUAUACCCGUAAUAUGUGGAAUAUUUUGC